UUUCAGUCCUUCACUGAGGAGCCAAAGGGAAUCAAUUCCACAAGGUGGGUUGAGGAGAACAAGAGAUGGAGAAAGCAAGUGGAAGAGAGUCCAUUGCUCUGUCCACAGUGGAGACUGGCACAGAGAACCCGGGGCUGGAGCUCAUGGAAACAGAAGUAGAGCCUGAGGGAAGCAAGAGGACUGAUGCACAAGGACACAGCCUAGGGGAUGGACUGGGCCCUCCCACUCACCAGAGGAGGAGUCAGUGGCCUUUCACCAAAGCAAGAAGUUUCUGCAAAACACACACCAGCUUGUUCAAGAAGAUCCUGUUGGGCCUGUUGUGUUUGGCCUAUGCUGCCUAUUUCCUGGCAGCUUGCAUCUUGAAUUUCCAGAGGGCACUGGCCUUGUUUGUCAUCACCUGCCUGGUAAUCUUUGCCUGGGUUCUCCCUUUUCUGAAAAAGCUCUUGGGCAAAAAAUUAACAAGAUGUCUGAAGCCCUCUGAAAACUCCCGCCUGAGGCUUUGGAUGAAAUGGGUGUUUGCAGGAGUCUCCUUGGUUGGCCUUAUACUGUGGCUGGCUCUAGACACAGCCCAAAGGCCAGAGCAGCUCAUCUCCUUCGCAGGAAUCUGCAUGUUCAUCCUCAUCCUCUUUGCCUGCUCCAAACACCACAGUGCAGUAUCCUGGAGGGCAGUGUUUUGGGGCCUAGGUCUUCAGUUUGUCUUUGGGAUCUUGGUCAUCAGAACUGAUCUUGGAUAUAAUGCAUUUAAGUGGCUGGGAGAGCAGGUUCAGAUUUUCCUGAAUUACACUGUUGCUGGCUCCAGUUUUGUCUUUGGGGAUAUGCUGGUGAAGGAUGUCUUUGCUUUUCAGACCUUACCAAUUAUCAUUUUCUUUGGAUGUGUGAUGUCCAUUCUCUACUACCUGGGCCUUGUACAAUGGGUAGUUCAAAAGGUCGCCUGGUUUUUGCAAAUCACUAUGGGCACCACCGCCACAGAGACCCUGGCUGUGGCAGGAAACAUCUUUGUGGGUAUGACAGAGGCACCUCUGCUCAUCCGUCCCUACCUUGCGGACAUGACACUCUCUGAAAUCCAUGCGGUGAUGACCGGAGGGUUUGCCACCAUUUCUGGCACUGUGUUGGGAGCCUUCAUAUCCUUUGGGGUUGAUGCAUCAUCCCUGAUUUCUGCCUCUGUGAUGGCUGCCCCUUGUGCUCUUGCCUUGUCAAAACUGGCGUAUCCAGAAGUGGAGGAGUCCAAGUUCAAGAGUGAGGAAGGGGUAAAACUGCCCCGUGGGAAGGAGAGGAAUGUCCUGGAAGCUGCAAGCAAUGGAGCCACAGAUGCCAUAGGUCUUGCUGCUAAUGUAGCAGCCAACCUGGUUGCCUUUUUGGCUGUGCUAGCCUUCAUCAAUGCUGCCCUCUCCUGGCUGGGGGAAUUGGUGGACAUACAGGGGCUCACUUUCCAGGUCAUCUGCUCCUAUAUUCUAAGGCCCAUGGUUUUCAUGAUGGGUGUAGAGUGGACAGAUUGUCCAAUGGUGGCUGAGCUGGUGGGAAUCAAGUUCUUCACAAAUGAGUUUGUGGCCUAUCAGCAACUGUCUCAAUAUAAGAACAAACGUCUCUCUGGAGUGGAAGAGUGGAUUGAGGGAGAGAAACAGUGGAUUUCUGUGAGAGCUGAAAUCAUUACAACAUUUUCACUCUGUGGAUUUGCCAAUCUUAGUUCCAUAGGAAUCACACUAGGAGGCUUGACAUCAAUAGUACCUCACCGGAAGAGUGACUUGUCCAAGGUUGUGGUCAGAGCCCUCUUCACAGGGGCCUGUGUAUCCCUUAUCAGUGCCUGUGUGGCAGGAAUCCUCUAUAUCCCCAGGGAACCUGACUGCGUCUCCUUCCUAAACACAAGUUUCACCAAUAGAACCUAUGAGACCUACAUGUGCUGCAGAGAGCUCUUUCAGAGUACUUCUCUGAAUGGCACCAACGCUCCUUCUUUUUCUGGUCUCUGGGAAGACAAGGAGUUCAGUGCCAUGGCCCUUACUAACUGCUGUGGAUUCUACAACAAUACCAUCUGUGCCUAAGGCUGCUCGAUCCAUUUCCGUAACAGUUUUGAUCUUAACAGCUUUGUGACAGCAAAGGUGUUUACAUACUCCAGUUUCCCACAACU